AGGAGGAGGAGGAGGAGAGGGAGCCGCCGUUCUCCGGGCUCCUCCUGCACUGUUUUUGCGCGCAGCGAUGGAAGCGGUGUGCCUGCUCCCCCUCCUCCUCCUCCUGGGAUUCUCCGUGUCCUCGUCGGCGGUCUGGGACCUGGUGCUGCUCCACACCAACGACGUACACGCUCGUGUGGAGGAGACCGACGUUAAUUCCGGGAAAUGCGGCGUUAACGGGCAGUGCUUCGCCGGCGUGGCCCGGAGAGCCACGGAGGUCAGCAGGAUCCGCAGCACCGAGAACAACGUGCUGCUCCUGGACGCCGGGGACCAGUUCCAGGGUACCGUGUGGUUCAACUUCUACAAGGGGGCCGAGGCGGCACACUUCAUGAACAAGCUGCGCUACGACGCCACGGUAGGAGCGCCUCCUGUCCUCCCCAGCUCCGCUGUUCAGGUCCUGUUUGAGGUCUGUGGUUUUUGGAACCAUGAGUUCGAUAAUGGAGUCGAAGGACUCAUGAAACCGUUCCUGGAACAGAUCAAGUGUCCCAUUCUCAGUGCUAACAUCAAACCGGACCACACUCUGAACGCAACGUUUGGGAUCACUUAUUUACCUUAUAAGAUAUUUACCAUUGGCAGAGAGAAGGUGGGCGUGGUGGGGUACACCACACAGGAAACACCGGCUCUCUCCAAGCCUGGACCUCACCUGCAGUUCCUGGACGAGGUGACCUCUCUACAGGUACAGGUGGACAAACUUCGGACUCUGGGGAUCAAUAAGAUCAUCGCUCUCGGUCACUCUGGCUUCACUGUAGAUCAGAUGAUCGCCAAGAAGGUCCGUGGGGUCGACGUCGUCAUCGGCGGACACACCAACACGUUCCUGUAUACAGGUAGGAAGGCGGAUAAAGCUGUCACAUCUGCCACAUCUGUCACCUACACUGUGGGGCUCACACUAUUACUGAAGGCUCAGGCAGUUUUUAACGAUUUAAACUGA